AUGACGGAUGUUACCUUUGUGAAGGAUAAGCACAUACAGUAUGUCAUAGAACAGGAUUCACAUAGAUCAUUUGAAUACUGGCUAAGCGAACACCUUCGAAUGAAUGGGUUGUAUUGGGGUAUCACCACAUUAGCCACAAUAAACAGCCUAGACGCCUUACCAAAAGCUGAAGUAAUUGAUUUCAUAUUAAGUUGUUGGGAUGAUAAAUCUGGAGGAUUUGGUUCAUUUCCAAAGCAUGAUUCUCACAUAUUGUCCACGUUAUCAGCACUCCAAGUACUUCGUAUAUACGACAAUGAAUUGACUAUGAUAUCAAGCGAAAAGAGAACCAAGUUAGUGAAAUUUAUCAAAGAGUUACAACUUCCCGAUGGUAGCUUCCAGGGAGAUAGAUUUGGAGAAGUAGAUACCAGGUUUGUAUACACUGCAAUUUCUGCAUUGUCACUCUUGGAUGAGUUGACCAAGGAGAUAGCAGAUCCAGCUGUUGAUUUUAUAAUGAAAUGCCGAAAUUUCGAUGGAUCUUUCGGAAUGGUCCCAGGAGCAGAAAGUCAUGCUGCACAAGUGUUUGUUUGUGUUGGGACAUUGGCUAUAACUGACAACUUGCACUUGAUAAAUCAAGAUAUCAAACUUGCAAGCUGGCUAAGUGAAAGACAAGUUCUCCCAAGUGGAGGUUUUAACGGACGACCAGAGAAAUUACCAGAUGUCUGUUACAGUUGGUGGGUUCUCUCAUCAUUGGCAAUAUUGAACAAGAAGCACUGGGUAGAUUUGGAAAAGUUGGAAGGUUUUAUCCUCUCUGCACAAGACUUGAAAGAAGGUGGAAUAAGUGACCGUCCCGACAAUGCAACUGAUAUUUAUCAUACCUGCUUCGGAAUCACUGGUUUAAGUUUAAUAGAUUGGAAAAAGUACAACUUUAAAGAAAUUGAUCCUAUUUACUGUAUGCCAGUCGAAGUAACAAAAAAUUUUAAAAAGUGGAAAAACCUUUCGUCAUAG